GGCCUAUGUUCAUAUCGAUUGAUCCACCGUUCGGAGAAGAUUCACCGAAGCACGUCCCGCGUACAUCCCUGAUCGUCGGAUCAGGCGAUCUAACGGCCUAAAAUGCUCCCAUCUCUGCACGUGUGCUGCCCUCCAAACCCUGUCCCUUUUGCCAUUGCUAACGCCUCAACUUUUCUCGCCGCCGCCACCGUGACGACGAGCUCUGCAUCAGAUUGACCAUCGACGGUGAGGCCAAAGUGCCCCACAAAUGGCGGCGGAGGCUGCAGCCCUAGAGGCGCCUCCACUGGACAAGUCCUCGCCGCGGGAAGCCGCCGUCGACGAAGAGAUCCGGGCCCUCAUCGUCCCCGACGCCGCUGACCUCCCGGCGUCUCCGCCCUCCGCCGUCGAGGCCAACUUCGCGCGCUACUUCGUCGCCGAUUUUCUCAAUCCAGGACAUGAUCAGUAUGUGUACCGCCAUCCAAACGGAUUGUGUGUGGUUGGUUUAACUCCAGCCCAUGUUGCGUUUAAAGAGGAAGGACUAAUAACUGCUGUUGACUUCAAUGUUGGCAAGUCAGAUCGCAGUGAGAUGAAAGUCACAGGGAAACGCAAAAGGAAUGCACAAUAUUUGCAAGAAAAUUCAGCAUUGUGCAAAGUUUGCACAAAUGAUAAGUCUUUUGUCGUGAGAUGCUGUGUGAAAGGCUCACUUUUGGAGAUCAAUGAUAGAUUGAUCAAACAACCAGAUCUUCUUAAUACUUCUGCUGACAGAGAAGGAUAUAUAGCAAUCUUCCAGCCAAAACCAGCUGACUGGCUCAAAAUUAAGGAUAAAUUUCUUAGUUAUGAGGACUACAAGAACUUGAGAGGAGUAUGCUGAGACCUAAAAGUCAUACUGUCUUCUGUUGCGGUAUGCAAUCUAUUUUUUCUUGUGGUCCAUGCAGGAGUUUACAACAUGAAGCCAGUGCCUUGGUCUGAUGCAACCAUUGGCUUGGUGAUAUCUUUACUGGUGCUGAUAUUCGAUUUGCUAAUGAAGUCUUCAUAUUGCCAUAGCUACGGGGUUUCCUGUGUGGGCUUUGCUGGGCAGUUUGAUAGAAGUUUCAUCAGCCAGCUACUGCCUACUGUACCGAAUGCUUCACAGCCUACCAAACUGCAAAGCAAAUAUGGAAACAUCAUCGGUGCUGGACUCGAAGUUGUGCAACUUAUCGGUCGAUCAACGAAUGCCAUCUCAUUUGAUAUAAUUACACUGAUGAUGUUUGCUUACUUACUUUCUUCUGUUGUAAAAUUGAAGGGUGAUAGUUCAGUCAUUUCUUGCCUUAAUUUCCAAUAUGUCAACUUUUGCGACAGUUCCAAUUUAUCAAAGCAAAAAUAUCUUUCAGAA